AUGUUCUCCACUAAACUCUUUCUUCUUCUCGUCCUCGCCGUCCUCGCGCUGACUGCGAAUGCAAACGGCGGAAAGAACGGUCAAGGCAACAACAAAGGAUCGACGCCUUCUGGAUUCAGCCGAGGAUUCCGAAAUGUGACGGGCGGACCGUCGAAUGGCGGACAGGCAGGGCUCGUCGGAAACUGGACGGGCGGACCUCCGAACGGACUGACCGGAGUGACUGGAGGAUACAGAAAUGUGUCCGUUUCCGGCAAUCAGCAAAGAGGCCAGGGAGAGCCGAGAAACAAUUGA